ACCAAUAAACCAUUUGUUUGAUUUUUAACGCGUCUUGUUGUUCGAGAUCACGUGAUCAGAGAGCAGCUGCGGUGGGCGUGUCAUCAUGCGGGAAUGCGGAAGUGUCCACGCCUGCUUCAUCGCUAAAUAAGGCAGUCAACAGGGCGACAUGGCGUCUUCUGGUCCUCAAACAGAGCUCAGGCUGGUGGUGCUGGGCCGGACCGCGGCGGGACAACGGUCAACGGUCUGUAGCAUCCUGGGCCUGCAAGACAGCGAGCAGGGCAGAGAAAGUGAGUGCUGCAGUAAACACAGAGGAGAAGCUGCAGGACGACAGGUGCUGGUGGUCUCCAGUCCAGACUGGUUCAGUUCAGACUACGACCACGAAGAGAGAAAACGUCACUUCUCCACCCUGAUCGCCUUCUCCAGCCCGGGGCCGCACGCCUUUCUGCUGUGUGUCUCCGUCAACCAGCCAGCCGACGGGGAGAGCCAAGCUCUGGAUGUCCUGGAGAAGGUCUUGGGCCCCUCUGCGGUAGGCAGGAACACCAUCCUCGUCUUCACCAACAUGGAGGAGUUGGAGGAGCACGAGAAGCUGGAGGAUUACCUGUUCACGUGGCGCAAGGACCUCCAGGCGCUGCUGGAGAGAUGCGGGGGUCGCUAUCACACCCUGGAGAGCCGGAGCGGAGAACCGGGAGCCCUGGAGGAGUUGCUGGAGAAGGUGGAGGAGGCGGUGAAGGAGAGCGGAGACGAGCACUUCCGCUGUCCUCUCUACCAGCAGGUGGAGGACCGACUGAGGGAGAAGCAGCUGGAAGUUGUGAGAGAGUGGAGGAAGGACUUGGACGUGACCGAUGAGGAGAUGGAGGAAGCCCGGGAAGAGGCAGAAAGAAGCUUGCGAGACCUGAACGUGGCCCUGGACCAGGUUUUCCCUUUGUCUGCCGUCUCCGAGUCCUCCCCUCAUGCGUCUUCUCCCCUGGGCUUCUGGGAGACCUUGGUGUCCUGGGUGUUGUGGCUGCCCACGCUGGUGAGGAGGGAGGCCCUGCUGGGAGCCCUGGUGGGCCUCUUUGUUGGCGGGCCCUUCGGGGGCAUGGUGGGGGCCACCGUGGGCUCGGUGGCCACGGAGGUGGGCCGCAGGAAAACCCACAAGACCAAAUAGAUAAGUGGUGCGGAUAGCGCCAUCAUGUGUCAUGCCUUAUGUUGCACCUUGUAGUCCCUUCACUGUGGUCAGACUACGACAAUUUAUCGCAAUGCUAAUGUUAAAGUAUUAUUAAGUUAAACAGCUAGCAUGAUUGUAUCACAAAGCUAACCAGCUAACAUUAAUGAAUCACUAAGCUAACCAGCUAACAUUAAUGUAUCGCAAAGCUAACCAGCUAACAUUAAUGUAUCGCAAAGCUAACCAGCCUACAUUAAUGUAUCGCAAAGCUAACCAGCUAACAUUAAUGCAUCACAAAGCUAACCAGCUAACAUUAAUGAAUCAUAAAGCUAACCAGCUAACAUUAAUAAAUCACAGAGCUAAUCAGCUAACAUUAAUGUAUCGCAAAGCUAACCAGCUACCAUUAAUGAAUCACAAAGCUAACCAGCUAACAUUGAUGAACCACAGAGCUAAUCAGCUAACAUUAAUGUAUCGCAAAGCUAACCAGCUAACAUUAAUGUAUCGCAAAGCUAACCAGCUAACAUAAAUGAAUCACAAAGCUAACCAGCUAAAAUUAAUGAAUCACAAAGCUAACCAGCUAACAUUAAUGAAUCACAAAGCUAACCAGCUAACAAUGUAUCGCAAAGCUAACAGCUAACAUUAAUGUAUUGCAAAGCUAACCAGCUAACAUGAAUGAAUCACAAAACUAACCAGUUAACAUUAAUGAAUCACAGAGCUAAUCAGUUAACAUUAAUGUAUCACCAAGCUAACCAGCUAACAAUGUAUUGCAAAGAUAACCAGCUAACAUUAAUGAAUCACAGAGCUAGCCAGCUAACAUUAAUGUAUUGCAAAGCUAACCAGCUAAUAUUAAUGUAUCGCAAAGCUAACUAGUUUACAUAAUGUAUCACAAAGCUAACCAGCUAACAUAAUGCAUCCCAAAGCUAACAUAAUGAAUCACAAAGCUAACCAGCUAACAUUAACGUAUCACUGAGCUAAAUAGCAAACAAUGUAUUACGUAGCUAAUUGGCUAUCAUUAAUUUAUCACGGAGCUAAUUAGCUAAAAAUAUAUAACUGAGCUAAUUAGCUAACAUGUGCUAAUUGAGCUAAUUGGCUUACAUGACUCUACAGAGUUACAAAGUUAAUCAGGUAAUAGCAUUAGCUUUUUAGCUAGCAAUGUAUUACAAAGCUAAUUUGUUAAUUUGUUAUAAUGAGCUAAUUGGCUAACAUUAAUUUAUCACUGAGCUAAUUAGCUACCAAUGUAUAACAGAGCUAAUUAGUUAGCCAAUUAGCUCAGCAGCACAUUAAUGUUAACAUUGAUUAGCAAACAAUGUAUUAUAAAGCAAAUUAGCUAACAUUGUGUUAUUGAUCUGCUUCGCUAACAUUAAAGUAUUACUAAAUUAGAUCAGCUCACAAUGUGUUACUGAGCUAAUUGGCCUACAUUAAUGUACAGUAUUACAAAGUUAACCAGCUAACAUGAAUGUAUCACUGAGCUAAUUAGCAAACAAUGUAUUAUGAAGCUAAUUAGUUAAUGUAUUACUGAGCUAAUUGGCUAACAUUAAUUGAUCACUGAGCUAAUUAGCUAACAUUAUUGUACUGCUCGGCUAAUUAGCUAACAUUGAUAUGUUAUGAUGCUAAUUAGCUAACACUAAAAUUACUAAGCUGAUUAGCAAAUAAUUUAUUAUGAAGCGAAUUAGCUAACAUUGUGUUACUUUAAUCUUAGCUAAGUAGAUCAGUAACACAAUGUUGGGUAAUUCGCUGUAUAACACAUUGUUUGCUAAUCAGUGCAGUAAUAUAUUAAUGAUAGCUAAUUAGCAUAACAUAUCAAUGUUAGCCAAUUAGCUCAGCAGUAUGUUAAUGUUAGCUAAGUAGAUUUGUAUUACUAAGUUAACUAGUUAAUGUAUUACUGAGCUAAUUGGCUUACAUUAAUGUACAGUAUUACAAAGUUAACCAGCUAAUAGCAUUAGCUAUUUAGCUAAUAAUGUACUGAGGAGCUAACCAGCUACCAUAAAUGAGGUUAAUUAAUUAGUUAACAAUAUUAUGUUACAAAGCUAAUUAGCAAACAAUCUAUUAGGAAGCCAACCAGCUAAUCUUAAUGCAUUUAUAUGCUAAUUAGUUAACAAUGCAUUACAAAGCUAAGUAGCUAAUACUGAUCUAAUUGGCUAACAAUGUGGUACAAAGCUGAUUGAUAUUAUGUAAAGUAUUUGUAAGCUAACCAGCUAAUGGCCUUAAUGUAUCAUAUUGCCAAGCUAAUUAGCUAAAAAUAUAUUUAAGAGCUAAAGCAGCGAUGUACCACUGAGCUAAUUAGCUAACAUUAAUAUGAUCAAAGCUAAUUAGUUAACACAAAUGUACAGUGUUAAAAAAAGUUACCCACAUAAUAACUUCCAUGUAUCAUCAAAGUUAAUCAGCUAGCAAUAUAUUUUAGCAAAAGCCAGUUAUCAUAUUGGGAGGCUAACCAGCUAACAGUGUUUCACGCUAAUGAGCUAACGAUAUAUUGUGAAGUUAAUUAACUGACGAUUGUGAAGCUAAUUAGCUAGCGAUGUAUUGUGUAGCUAAUUAGCUAACCUUGAACAUUUCGAAGCUUAACAGCUAUUAUUCAUGUAUUGCUAAGCUAACAGCUAACAAAGUGGUAUGACGCCAGCAUGCUAACAUUAGCAUAGUGCCGACGCACAUUGCAUUAGUAGGUCAUUGUUUUUUUGUUUUUUUAAAUGGAUGAAUAAGUUGUCAAUAAAGUCCAUUUACCUGGUU